AUGCCGUCUACGCAGUUCGCUUUCAAGGAAAAGUACCGAUACCAGAACGGCUUCAACUCGUACCAUGAGUCCGAAGCAGUAGAGGGCGCGCUCCCUAUCGCUGCAAACUCACCACAAAAGCCCCCGUACGGCCUCUACGCCGAGAAGCUCUCUGGAACUGCCUUCACAGCCCCUAGACACGAGAACCAGCAAUCAUGGCUCUAUCGUAUCUUGCCAUCUUGCGGCCACAGUAAUUUUGAGCCCCGUGAAUCGACAACAUUCAACACAAACCCCGAGAACAAACCAUGGGAGCGGAUACACUAUAUCCCAAACCAGCUCCGAUGGGAUCCCUUCGACCUCGACGAGACGGUAGACUGGGUGCACUCUCUGCACCUGGUGGCUGGUGCCGGUGACCCCACAAUGAAGUCGGGAGUCGGAUACUUUAUUUAUGCUGCAGGAAAGGACAUGGAGGCCAAUGAAGCAUUCUACUCGGCUGAUGGUGAUUUUCUCAUUGUCGCCCAGCACGGUGUGCUGGAUAUUCAGACCGAGCUGGGCCGUCUUGUUGUACGCCCCAACGAGAUCUGUGUCAUACCGCGUGGUAUUCGAUACCGUGUCACGCUUCCUCAAGGCCCUGUGCGAGGAUACAUUCUAGAGCUGUAUCAGGGACACUUCACUCUCCCUGAGCUUGGGCCUAUAGGCUCCAAUUGCCUUGCGAAUGCGCGAGAUUUCCAGGCGCCAGUGGCCGACUUCGACGAAGACACAGAGACAGAGUGGCAAAUCCUCGCAAAGUUUGCUGGCCACCUUUAUGCUGCAAAACAAAAGCAUACGCCAUUCGAUGUCGUGGCGUGGCAUGGCCUUUACUAUCCAUACAAGUACGACCUCGGUCGCUUCAACACAAUAGGGAGCAUUUCAUACGAUCACCCAGAUCCAUCCAUCUUCACUGUUCUUACCGCGCCCUCGGACCAUGCAGGAACCGCAGUUGCGGACUUUGUAAUCUUCCCGCCUCGGUGGUUGGUUGCUGAAAAUACAUUCCGACCGCCAUGGUACCACCGAAACACCAUGUCGGAGUUUAUGGGCCUUAUUGGCGGCCAGUACGACGCCAAGACUGGAGGAGGUUUUCAGCCAGCCGGCGCAUCUCUACAUAAUGUCAUGUCGGGCCACGGCCCUGACGCUGCUACUCACGAGAAAGCAUCGAAUGUUGAGCUGCAGCCGAAUAAAGUCGGCGAGGGUAGCAUGGCGUUUAUGUUCGAAAGCUGCCUGAUGAUUGGUGUAACAGACUGGGGCCUAAAGAAGUGCCGAAAGAUUCAGGAAGGUUACAACGCAGAGAGCUGGGAGCCGCUGAAGCCGCACUUCAAGAUGCUUGGCAAAAAGAUUGACAAUAGCGUCUCGCCGCUGGCGGCAGGCUCAGAGGGCGACAAGGGACAAGUGCCUCACUACACGUGA